AUGAUUUUCAGAGCUUAUGUUGCUAGUUGCAAUUGUCAGCAGGCUGAAAGUGUGAGUGGAGCAACUUCAGCUAAUGGAAAUCGAACAUGGUAUGUGGAUAAUGCAAAGAAAUUAAGUACAAUUAAUGGUAUUGUGAAUGGACCUGACAUUCUAGACUUUGAGAAGGUUCAAGAAUCAAAACAGGAAACAGAAGUCUUUACAUCCAAUGGCAAUGCACCUGCAGCUGAACCAGUAAGAGAUACCUUGCACAAGGUUUGUGUUGACUCUAUUGAGGAUGAGGCAUGGGAAUUGCUCCGGGAAUCUAUGGUUUAUUAUUGUGGUAGUCCUAUUGGAACAAUAGCUGCGAAGGACCCAACCAGUUCCAAUGUUCUGAAUUAUGAUCAGGUCUUUAUCCGUGACUUUAUACCUUCUGGUAUAGCUUUCUUAUUGAAAGAAGAGUACGAUAUUGUUCGCAACUUCAUCCUUCAUACAUUGCAACUGCAGGUAAAUGGUUCUAUUACGCACUUGAUCUGA